ACGUGUCAGCAUACCAAGCAAAGGCAUUAAUUAUUUUUUUUCUUCUCUCUUUUUCUUUCCUUUUGUUUCUCGUCUUCUCCGCUUGGUUGUGUUCUUCCAUCUCUUCCUCCACUCCAUUCGAUAAAUCGCAGCAGAACGAAACGCCUCUAAAAGGUUUCUAGAGAGAGAGAGAUAGUUAUGGCGUCAGCUGAUGCAGGAGAACUGGAGCACGAGUGUGAUCCCGAGGAGCUGAAGCGCUCUUUGGCGACUCGGAGGAGAAAAGCUAGCGAUGACGAAGAGGAAGGAAUUAAAAACCAUAGGGCUGAGAUUAAGGCAGUUGAAAUAUUCGGACUUGCUCUUGAGCCAUCGUAUCCGAGAAAGAACCGACGCUCUUGAUGCUGCUGGAAACACCACUGCUGCUAUCGGAAAGGGAUUUGCGAUUGGUUCUACUGCUCUGGUGUCAUUGGCUCUGUGUUUGGUGCAUUUGUGAGCCGAGCAGGAAUAGAGACGGUGGAUCUGUUGACACCAAAGGUGGUGAUAGGGUUGCUUGUUGGAGCGAUGCUUCCGUAUUGGUUCUCUGCAAUGACGAUGAUGAAGAGCGUGGAAGUGCAGCUCUUAAGAUGGUGGAAGAAGUGAGGAGGCAGUUCAACACCAUCUCUUAAGAUCGGGACAAAGCCUGACUCUUUUUACACUCAAGACUCCUCAAGGAUUUUGAUUACAGAUACACCAAUUAUCAUCUCCAUAGAGUAUGUUUCACUUGUCUUUUAUUCUCGUAGCAAAACACACAUGUACCAUUGAUCAUAUAUGUUUAUGCACUGUGGUUUCCAUCUUUGUUUGCAUUUGUUUUGUUACAAUAAACUUUUUUAAGAAUCCUUAAUUAAGAAACUCCCAUUGGACCACUCAAAAUGGGAGUUUCUUAACUAAAGUUCUUAGAUCACUUUUAUUCUACUUAUCAACGAAUGGACCCAUAUAACUGAGAUGAGUACGUAGUCUUGCUCCUCACUCCUUUCCAUAACUCCUUUUGGAUUUGUGUGGUUCUCAUUUUCCUAGGGUCCGAUUUAUUUUAUUUGUUUUGGCUACCAGAAAAAAAUAUAUUAAUGGGCCCAUGAAUCAUUUUUUUACCUAAUUAUUAUAACACUAAUAUGAGUUAUGGAAAGACUUGAGGAACAAGGCUAUUAUUCAUCUUAUAUUAAAUGGAGUCAUCACCAAAGUUUCAACUAGAUAUCUUUUCAUUACAGGAAAAAAAGCACGCUAUGAGUUCUCUACUUCUCAGCCGUCUCUCUAGGCUCUGUAUGAGGAAACCUCCUGCGCUAAGAGUUAAGAAAUACCUAUCUGGCGCUCGAUACUUGUCAGAAACCUCUAUUUGUCGCAUCGUACGCGCUGAACAUUGUCAAUAUAGUUCGAGGGAUGAGAGUGUGAGCAAACUUGUGAUUCGCAAUGUUAAUGCUUGGGAAGAGAAGGAUGACGAAGUUUUAGAAAAGUUGGUGCCCACGGAGUUGAUGACAGCAGCAGGAACGAUAGGAGCAUCCCAUGGCUGGGUAGCUACUUUGAAAGAGACCGUAGUGUGUCUUCAAGACGAUCUAAACCCGAGAGCGUCUGAUUCAGAUCCGAAGCGAAUCUCACAGCCUCGUCUCGAAACGCUACCUCAUUGCCAAACCCAACUGGUAACCAACGUCGCCAUGUCGUCCUCUUCUCCUGAUGACGAAGACUGCAUCUUGGCAGUCAAGUUCGUUGGACCUCAACUCAGCCUAUGUAGGCCUGCUGAAAAGAAUAAAAAGUGGGUCAACAUCAGAAUCGAAGACCCAGGCUUCUUCAACUCCCGAGUUAUGUACUCAAAGAGAGAUAAGAUGUUCUCCAUGCUGGAUUGUGGAGGCACACACAUAGGAUACUGGGAUCUUGAAAAACACAGAUCACGUAACUUGGGGUCUUGUUCCUACUACUAUAAAGAGUUUGUGCAGUCGGAGUUGCAGCAGUUGUCUAAGUGUUACAGGAGCGAACACUUGGUGGAGGCACCCACAGGUGAAACUUUUAUUGUUAAGUGGUACUCAGAUAGGAGCGAGCUCAAUUUUGGGAUUCCGUGUUGGCAGCGUUUCAUGGUGUUCAAGAUACAAUAUGAUAAAAUUUGCACAGCCGUAUCCACUAACGACAUCGGAGAUCUCUGUAUUUUCCUCUCCACCAAAGGCGAACCUUUCUCUGUAAAGGCUAGCUUGUAUGGCCUAAACCCAAACUGCAUCUAUUACGUGCGCGACUUUGACUUCGGAAAAGUCAGUAUCCACGAUAAUGUCUGGAUUGGUGGACUUGGCUUCUCCCCUGUCCCUUAUUUCAUUCCACCUCAAUCCUCUUAAUUGUGUUUCUUUACUUGUCGCAUUUAGAUUACUAUGGAAACUCACUCGCACUUCUAUUGUAUAGUCUGAUUUUACU